AUGCCGGUUGCCAAAUUGCUGGUUAAAUAUGUCAAUGUUAACGCAAAGAACCAAGAAGGCCUGACAGCCCUUGAUAUAUCCAACACUAAACCUCCAAUCCAAGUGAACGCAAGGAUGAAGAAGAUUUUACUUAGGGCAGGAGCUUCAAAAGCUUCACGGCUUCAUCAACUUCCCACUUUAGCAGAAAUGUUGGGGUCACCAGAGGCACUGAUUGAGAAAAUAUUUCAAAUCAACGCUUAUUUGGACGAAGGCUUAUCAGGUGAAAUGCGCAAUUCCAUGUUGGCUGCGGCAAUACUAAUAGCCACGUCAGCAUAUCAAUCAGUCCUCAGCCCUCCAGGAGGAGUCCACCAAGGUGACACCAACACAUUUACUAACUCCAUGGCCACCUCAAAUCAACCAGCGGUGGAGCCUGGAGAAGUGGUGAUGCGAGCCACUAAGUUUUAUCCAUUCUUGUUGGGGAAUUCAUUGGCAUUUGGUGCUUCAUUGGGCAUUGUCUUUUUGCUGCUACCAACAACUGGUUACGGUGUGCUGCACAUUGCUUUGGUCCUUCUGAUGCUAGGAUACAUCUACUCUGCACUAACAAUAUCACCUGCAACUCCAACUGCGGUGUGCUUCGUGUUUGCGGGCUUCCUGUUGUUCACUUUGAUUGUGGCCGUCAGGAUGGUGUGGAAACUAUUGCAGAGAUUUCCAUCAGCUUCUUGGGAGACUAUUGGUAGCGUCUACUUUCCCAACCGGGACUAA